GGGCGCGAAUACCUUAUUGCAAACCCAGGCAAAGUGUUUGUUGCAGAGGCCCUUUUCACGACGGUUUUAUUCGUAAGCGUAGCAAGCAGUGGGAAAAAUAUUUCUGCAGAGCAAACGAUUGCGAAAAGGACGUUUUCGGGGCCAGUGUUUGGCGUGUGUUUAAAUUUCGCGUGAGAACCCAUCACACGCGCGUUACGUGGUGCUCGGAGUGGAACAUUCUGGAAUCGAUCGAAUCGAGGAACAUCUUUGCACAGCGCGCGCACAGAGAAACCUGAAACAAGAGCGAUGACGAAAGACUACUACAAAAUUCUUGGCGUUCCCAAGACGGCCAGUGACGAUGAGAUCAAGAAGGCGUACCGCAAGCUGGCACUGAAAUAUCAUCCGGACAAAAACAAGUCCCCGCAGGCCGAGGAGCGGUUCAAAGAGGUGGCGGAAGCGUACGAGGUUCUGUCGGACAAGAAGAAGCGCGACGUGUAUGACCAGUACGGUGAGGAGGGCCUGAAAGGUGGAGUGGGUGGCGCUGGAGGCCCUGGAGGACAGUCCGGCCAGUUCCAGUACAACUUCCACGGCGACCCGCGGGCAACCUUCGCGCAGUUCUUUGGCACCAACGAUCCGUUCAGCGUGUUCUUCGGCAACGACGGAGGGGCCAACAUUUUCUACCAAGAUAUGUACAAUGGCGUUGGCGGUGGAGGUGGUGGUGGCGGUGGCUAUAUGAUGGACGGUGAUCCGUUCGGCUUCGACGGUCGUGGUCCGAUGGGAGGAGGAGGCGGUUUCCCGGGCGGAGCCUUUCGGUCACAGUCGUUCAACGUCCAGGGAUCACCACAGCGAAAGCACAAGGUCCAGGAUCCGCCGAUCGAGCACGAUCUGUACGUAACGCUGGACGACGUGAACAGCGGCUGCCAGAAGAAGAUGAAAAUCUCCAAGAUGGUACUGGGCCAGGACGGAUCGGCCAUCAAGGAGGAAAAGAUUGUAAGCAUCAACGUGAAGCCGGGCUGGAAAUCGGGCACGAAGAUAACGUUCCCUCGCGAAGGUGACCAAAUCCCGGGAAAAGUUCCGGCCGACAUCGUGUUCAUCAUCCGCGACAAACCACAUCCGCACUUUAGGCGGGAAGGGAGCGACAUCAAGUACACGGCCAAAAUUUCUCUCCGGCAAGCCUUGUGCGGGACAGUCGUGAACGUGCCGACCCUGGGCGGAGAAAUGCUUUCCAUCUCGACGGUCGGUGAGGUCGUGAAGCCGAACACCGUAAAGAGGCUGCAACACCGCGGGCUGCCCUUCCCCAAGGAACCGAAUCGGAAGGGUGAUCUGCUGGUUUCGUUCGACAUUCGUUUCCCGGACACGGUCGAUACGAACACCCGCGAAAUACUCUCCGAUCUGUUGCCGAUGGAUGCUCCUUAAAGUGGUCCGCUGGUGAUAUGAACGACAUAGUUGGCGCCCCCUCCACCCCCGUAUGCUGCAACGAGAUAGAGUCAAACAGUCUAUUCCGCGUCGCGUUUCAAUUUCAUCGACAAAACCCUGCAACUAACAACGGCUUGCAUUUGUGGUGCGAUUCUGCGUCUACCGUUAUUCUCGAAGGUUCUUUCGAACUACCCUGUCGACGGAAUCCUCCUUGAGCCAACAUCAUCGGACCGUUAGAAGCACCACCACCUCCUUAGAAGAAAGAAGAUUUCACUCGGAAAGCAAACUGCGACGCGAGAGUGGACCAUCAUAGGUUGCAUUUGGCAAUCUUGCUCAUUCACGGCGUUGGCAUUCGCGGCGGGUCUCUUCGUGAUUAUCACAUGCCGUUACGAUUCAAACGGCGGAACCAGUUUGUUCACGAAAGAAGGUUCUAGCAACGCGAAGGGGAUCUCGCCAAUCGCUUCGACGGUGGACGCUCACGAAGCAGCGACCAUGAGUGACCGUGAGUAUCUCGUUGCUUACGUGCCAAAUAUUUACACGGUCAGGAGGGGCAGUUCCGGGGGUACGAUUGUCGAUUGUUCCCGAACAUGGCCUCUCUAAUCGGCGGGUUUGUCGCGCUGAUUGCGAAUCACCUGCAACUGUCCACUACUGCCUCAGCGGCGAUGAAAGUAUUUAAAUCGAUGUGAUCGACUAACAGAGGGUGAUGGUGAUGCUUUUACAGAGAAGAUUCGAGAUAAAAUGUAACGGCGAAACUUAGCUGGAAGAGUGUGUAAAUAUACGUGAGGGUUCGUCGUAGCGGCAUACAUAACUGUUUCAAACCACGUUCAAAUCCAAAGUAAAUCAAAGAGAUAGUGAAGAUUAAGAGCAUAAAAGAGAUAGAGAGUGCUUAAGGCAGUCGUGAUUUAUCUUUCACAGAGGUACGGCGAUGUCUAGGGAUGUGAAGUUAGCACUGUGUAUCUGUAAAUACGGCAAACAACCGAUAGAAAUUGAAGGCAGAGAAGCAAAGAGAUAAUCGCAAGGAUAGGGGACACGCAGUUCAAAUCGUUGUACCAGCGUGUAGGGAAAUUGUUCCUGCUCUGCUUAAUUUAUCUAACCGUGAUUAUUAUGCUUAUCAUUGUUUUAAGUUACUUUCUUUACUAUCCCAAAUCCAACACAAAACACGUACGCGGGUGUAUGGUGCACGGGGAAUAGAAAAUACCGUUGUUGAGGGCACGAUCAGAUAGAAGAAAGCAUCCGGGUAAUGCGUUGCAGCCCUUCAUGUUACGCUUAUCAACUGGCUAAACAUUGUGAAGACGGACUCUGGCAGUUGCAAAAUGUUUCCCUGACACACCAUACCUUUGCGUGUAUUUGGUUAGAGUAAAAUUAAAUUUAAAAUAUACGCGAUACACACGAUACAAGUACGUUAUAGUACGAGACGAAGUAGAGCGCUUCACAGAACAGAUUAACGAUUAAAGCAAAACACUGGAUUUAGUUGUUCCAUGUAACUUAUGUUGAUUUAUUGAAAAAUUCUUGAGUUGUGUUUACGACAGUUGUUGUUCGGAAGUGCACAGAAAUUUGUUGAAUAAAUGAAACGGAAUGAUCAGAAAUAAUGAU